AUGUUGGGUCGUUCUACUACGGAGUCUAUACAUCUUAUCAGGAGAUUGGUGGAACAAUACGGGGAUAGGAAGAGGGACUUGCAUAUGGUGUUUAUUGACCUAGAGAUGGCAUAUGGCAAGGUCCCUAGGGACAUACUUUGGAGAUGCCUGGAGGUGAAAGGUGUGCCGGUAGCUUAUAUUAGGGCGAUAAAGGAUAUGUACGAUGGAGCUAUGACUCGGGUUAGGACCGUGGGAGGUGACUCAGAUCGUUUUCCGGUGGUUAUGGGACUACACCAAGGAUCUGUGCUCAUCCUGUUCUUAUUUUCCGUGGCGAUGGACACACUGGCACACUAUAUUCAAGGGGAGGUGCCAUGGUAUAUGUUCUUCGCUGAUGAUAUAGUUCUGAUUGAUGAGACACGAGGCGACAUUAAUGAGAGACUGGAGGUAUAG